AUGGAAACCACUCAUCGCUGCAAGCACUUGGUAACAAAAUUAUGGAUACCUGACUAUGAUCUUGAUGGCUACUCUGCUUCCACAUCGUCUUCAUCUGUUCGAGUUGACUUGACAAUUUUAUGGCAAUUGGAGCAUCAAUGGAUGAACCUAGCAUCCGAUGGGGCUGCAUCUAUUAUCAGCAGAUGUGUUGUUCAUAGCUUGGCUUUACAACUGCCCUUACUUGAUUAUCAGGUCUUCAUGUCCGACCACACCUCUCACCAAAUGUUGUCUGGCGUGUUGUCGUCUAUGGGAGUGGACCCAAAUUUACAUGAUCGUAUAAUUGUCAAAAUAGUUGCGUUUGCACGAAGCAUCCAAAACUUGGUAUCCCACAUGGAUGCAGGCAUGGUAUUUCCACUACAUUCUAGAAUAAGAUUGGUAACUAUGCAUGUUCGCAAUGAGCGGGUGUUGAUUGAUUUGGCUACUAGGGAAUCAAUGAUAGAAAAUGAGGGCAGAGGAAACGGGAUGAUUCCGGCAACUGAAAUCUCAAUCAAGACACUCAAGACGGAGACAAUAUUAGAGGGUGAAAGCUGUAUGAUAUGUUUGGAAGAGUUGGGCGGUGGGUCGGAAGUGACAGUCAUGCCAUGUUCUCACGUCUUUCAUGGUUCAUGUAUAAUAAGGUGGCUGAAGCAGAGCCAUGUAUGCCCCAUCUGUCGCUUUGAGAUGCCUACUUGCAGUCAGUAA